AUGCUCCCGUUAAAGCUCGUAUGUUUCCUUCAGGGUGAAAACGAACCUUUCGAGGUCGAAGUUGUUGAGACAGGUACUAUCGAUUAUUUGAAACGGGUGAUAUUAAUCAUGAAGGGAAAAGACGCCAAUGAAGCAGAGAAGUACUCCAUAUGGAAAAUAUCCAUUCCUGUCGACGAGGCUGACAUCCUAAGAAAAGAUCCACCUGAGCUAGGGUCUGGACGACGGUUAAACAAUAGACAGCCAUUAAGCGUUUUAGGACGCAGACCUAAUGAUCAUAUUCAAGUCUUCAUGGGAUGUCGAGGGAUUCAUGCAAGGGGUGUAUCACAGACUCCACAGUUUGGAUUACAAGGUACAACAGUUAAUAGAUAUGAUAUCAAGUUUACCACAAAAGCUGUAUUCUUGGAAGUUAGGAAGAAGUGGCAAAAAGAGACAGCUGCACUCGAGCUGUCAAACUUUGAUGAAGAGGGCUUCCUGCUCUCACUCAUAAAGGACCUCUGGGGGUACCUUGAGGGGGAACUAUCUCUGCAAAAAGUUGUGCAGAUAGCAGAGAUAGAGAUGAAGAGGUACAAAAGGAACCUCUUGAAGCUUAUAGAGGACGAGGAAGAUGAAAGACGGAUACUAUCCAUCUUAUGA